AUGUCAUUUGGCUUCAGCAUUGGCGACUUCGUUGCCGUAGGCGGUCUGAUUGUGAAGACAAUUGAGACUCUCCGGAAUACUCAGUCCGAGUACCAGGAGCUUAUUCGCGAGCUUGAGAGGUACGUCCAGUCAUUACCCCUGCACAUCAGCUCGGCGCUAUUCUCUGCCUAG